AAGGAAAUGGCAACAUGUCAGCUUACUGUGAAGGCGUGCUUUUAAUGUUGUAAAGAUUUUCAUAUCAUGCGUACUAAUAAAAUGACGGACGCAGAUUUAAACAUAUCUGAAGGAGAAAGCUUUGGAAUUGAAGUUAUACUUGACGAAGCUGAAGACAAGAAAGCACCGUGUUGUCCUCACGGGCCCACGCUGUUAUUUGAGAAGGUGUGCCGAGCGGAGGAGCGAGGCCGGAGAUUUUUUGCCUGCUCGGCUUGCAGAGACCGGAGAGACUGCAGCUUCUUUCAGUGGGAGGACGAGAAGGUGUCCCAGGCCAGGCUGCUGGCAAGAGAAAAGGAAAACCAGCUGAGGCAGCCUCCUUUCUCUCAUCAGGAGUACUGCUUGAGGUUCAGAGAGUUUGUAUCUCUGCCCUUGGACCAAAGAAAGUUCUGUCAAGAGUGCCAGCUCCUGCUGCUCCCUGCAGACUGGCCCGAGCAUGCAGCUCACAAGGCGCUCUCUGAUGACGUCACAGUGGCCCGACUGAGGAGGCCCAGCCUGCUGCUCUGCCCUCUGGAGAAUAAGAAGAGCAACGCUCAGUACCUGUUCGCUGACCGCAGCUGCCACUUCCUGUUGGAUUUGCUGUCCAGCAUGGGCUUCAAGAAGGUGCUCUGUGUUGGGACUCCACGACUCCAUGAGCUGAUCAAAAUAAGGAAUGUGGAAGGCCAGAAUAAAUCCAUGAAGAGCCUCCUUCUGGACAUUGAUUUCAGGUACUCUCAAUUUUAUAGUGAGGAUGAGUUCUGCCACUAUAACAUGUUUAACCAUCACUUCUUUAACGGAGAGCCAGCAGAAGCAGUUUAUAAAGCCUUUCUGCGCCAGGACAACGGGGAGAAGGUUGUCAUGGUGACGGACCCUCCUUUCGGAGGUCUGGUGAAGCCGCUGGCUCGCAGCUUCUCCCGAAUCUCGGACACGUGGAGGUCUCUGCAGACCCCAGAGAACAGCAGUCAGGAGAUGCCCAUGAUCUGGAUAUUUCCCUAUUUCUUCGAGUCCCGCAUCUUGGAAUGUUUCCCCUCUUUCUCCAUGAUGGAUUACCAGGUGGACUAUGACAAUCACCCUCUCUACAAGCGUGGGAAGACAGGCCGGAAGCAGUCCCCUGUCCGGCUCUUCACAAACCUGUGUCCACGGGACAUCGUCCUGCCAGAGAAUGAGGGCUACAGGUUCUGCUCGACGUGCGAGAGAUACGUGUCCUCUGGAAACAGGCACUGCUCAGCAUGCAACGCAUGCACAUCGAAGGACGGGCGGGAGUGGAGACACUGCGAGCUGUGUGAGAAGUGUGUGAAGCCAUCCUGGCUCCACUGUCCUGUCUGUGAGCGCUGUGCCCUGCCUGAUCACCCCUGUGGGAGGAGCCAGGCCGGCUGCUUCAGCUGUGGCAGCCAGGAGCACAAGCGCAGGGCAUGUCCCCACAGCACCAAGCACGGCAAGAUCAGAGGUCACGCUGCAGGGAAGGGACGGGGUACAGACCUGUCCAAACAGACCGCUGGCAGGACCAGAGCCAGGAACAGGAAAUCCACCGCUCGGGGAUCAAAGAAACGCAGAGUCACGUGACCUCCCCGCUCUGCGGAGUGCAUGUUUUUAUGUAUAUGUACAUUUUGAAGUAUGCUAAAUACAGGUUUCCUUUUUCGC